GACCGGGAGACGACGGUCAACUUGCUGGAAGAUCGCUAUUGUUAGCUUUAGCACCAAAUUAAAAGUGAGACGUACAGCGGACGCGGGUCCUGCUUGGCUUGUCUAGAAGAGGCUGCCCGAUUGUGAGGGAACACAAGCGAAGCCUCGAGUGGAGGGACCACUGGUGCAGUGCAGCCUUAACAUUUUUUUUCAGACAGACUGUGGCCCUUUAUCUCAUCACAUGUGGUGCAAGUCGCCAGAGAGUAAUAGUCUCACUGCAAAGGAGCGUUGAAUCCUUCGGUGGCGGGCUCCGCUGCCCACACGAAUGCGAGAUGCGGCCCAGUCUAUCGCACGUGCGAGCGAAAGGAUUCUGACUCAGUCACAUCGAGUCAGCGACAGAAGAACUUCACUUAACUUCAUGUAUUCAAGUGCUUGCAUUCUCAGAAGAUCGAUCAGUACGGAGACCGUGAUUCUCUCCGAACUCUGGAUACGCAGAAGCCUUGAGGAUGGAGCCAACGCUGCUCGGAAUCCGCCGAGUUUGCGCUUCAAAGGACGUAACGUUAUAAUUCUAGGGCUAGACGCGUGCCGAAAGAGGUCGCAAUGCUCUCUCGCGCGGAAGAAGGUGCUUGAUCUGCAUCAAGAUACAGAGAGAAUUCCUCUAAGUUGUAGAACAACAGCUCAAGUGCACGCUCACUUCAACAUGGUGGAUAAGCCCUCCAACUCUGCGAGAAACUGGCGCAAGAUGAGUCGCCAGUAUGAGUCGCGCUUUUCGCGUCGUGCGAUAGUCUCAGUAAAGGCGGAUGGCGCUGCAAUUUUAAUGGAACCACCGUAGUCUGCGCCAUCAUAGAUAAGAAUCCUAUUAGGAUACACGUACACCUGAAGACAGGCCCUCUCUCGAAC